AUGGCAGCUUCAACAUAUUUAUCUUUGUUGCUCACCAUUUCCAUCAUCUUUAUUUCUCAUGCCAUUUCACCAACUUCAAACCCCAAGUUGUACCAAAAUGUAUGCAAAGAUCCUGGUGAAAAAGACUUCGAACAACGUUGCCUGAAACUUAUAGAAUCAUACCCUCCACUUACUCUGGUCAAAGAUUAUCUAACCUUUUGCAGGUCAUUUGUAAAGAUGGUUGCAAUAGAGAAGACAGCAAAAGCUCAUGAACACGUCAAAAAAAUGAUGAACAAAUAUCCUUCUUCUCAAGGAAUCAAAGAAUGUGCAACCGAGAAGUACAAGACGCUGGUAAUCGAGUUAAAAAAUGUGUUGAUUGAGGAUGCUGAACUUAUAAGCUUGAAUGGCAAAUAUGCUUGUGAUGCACUUGACCAAUGUGAAGCCAUCUUAGCUGGUGAAAAGAUAGUUAAUGUUUCUUCCAUUUAUACAUUGAAUAAGAGGAUGAAGUUACUUGCUCGUAUUGUAUUAAUAGCAGGAGGAAAUCUAUAA